AUGCUGGUUACGGCUAACCAUAUUCUUUUAAUUUCGCCGCUGUUCGCAGCUCUUUGUGAAGCCGUAUGCUAUCAUUGUUUCUCGUCGGAUGCCUCACUUGAACCAAAAGUUCGUACUCAUCUUGGCACACAAGAGGACGUGUUUUUCAUGCCAAUCACGUCGAGGACGAGUUCAUGCAGUGACAAGAUUGACUCCGACUAUCCAGCAAUCGAGAGUCAGAUCUGCUCCUCUUCUCCGUUGUGCGUGACUUUGAUUCCGAAUAUUGCAAAUUCUACAUUCGUAGUUCGUGGAUGUAUGGAAUACAUACUGAGGCACAGUUUAAAGAAGGAGGAUAUUCACAAAGAAGGGUGCUACCUUGUCCGCUCGCUACCAGCUCGAUUUCCAAACAACUUCACAAUGGAAUACGUGCUUUGCGUGUGUAACGGUGAUUACUGUAACGGAGAGCAACCGCCGGAUUUCGUACCGGGGCCGCAUUCGUUCGCCGGCGAGAUGGUACUGCCUUUGAAUCAGAAGGAAGAGUGGAUGGUAGCUCCAGGGAAGCGGAUAAAACUGGAAAUUUCCUCGUCUGCAUUGUCCUUUAUGCUUUCUUCGUGGUUAUGUUCUUUACGUUUCAUGGCUAUCGUUAAUUUGUAG